AUGUUCACAAACGUGCCGAGCGACGCUCCCUCGACUCCUCUCGAGAAGGAGGAGGGCCGUCGCGCAGGCGCGGCGGAGGCUAACGAGCCGGCGAAGAGUCUGAAUCUGCAGGCAGAGUGCAACGGUUUCGACAGAGGGGGGAAAAAGUCAGAGGCGGGCGCCGCGUCCGCGAGCCGCGAUCACCGCGACGACGUCUCUCCGGGGAACAAGCCUCUGGCGGCGCUCAAAAGCGGCGACGAGGAAGGCGAUGCGGGCGUGGAAAUCGCUCCGGAGGACGACGGCGAAGAGGAGGACGAAGAGGAGGAAGAAGACGACGACGAGAUGCGAGGGGGGGAAGACGAUCAGGUCGGCGAGCUGCGGUCCUGCGAAGGCGACGGCAAACUCAUCCCGGGGGAAUACGGACUCGCCAACGCAGAGCUCGAAGCCAAACUGAGGGAGCUGCUCCGACAAGCCGACACCUUCUCCUCCCGCAUCCACGGAGGCGGAGGCGCCGCCCCCACGAAGACCAAGGGACCCGGGUCGCGAGGCCGCGAGCGGCGCAUGCUGAGCGAGGCGGAAGAAGACGACAUUCUUCUUCGGCGCUUGGAAGAAGAGUCAGGAGAGGGCGCCGGCGCAGACUCAGGCACAGGCGACGUGUUUGUGCGCAUAACGGAGCAACCGCAGUGCAUCGAAGGCAAGAUGAAGCACUACCAGAUCGAGGGUUUGAACUGGCUCUACCAGCUGCACUGCCUGGACAUCAACGGCAUCCUCGCCGACGAAAUGGGGCUUGGGAAAACGCUGCAGACAAUUUCCAUUCUCGCCUACUUGCAGUUCGAAAAAAACAUCCCUGGUCCGCACCUCGUCAUCUGCCCUAGAUCCACGCUCGACAACUGGUUCAACGAAGUAAAAAAAUGGUGUCCGCGCUUCCGGCCGGCGCGUCUUCACGGCACUAAGGACGAGAGACAAGAGAUUUACGACAAAGUGCUCGCGCCAGGCGAGUUCGACGUCUGCAUCACCACAUACGAGAUGAUCAUCAAAGACUACAACCGUCUGGCUUCCAGGUUUCAGUGGAAUUACUUGAUUAUGGACGAGGCACAUCGCAUCAAGAACGAGAAGAGUGUCUUGUCGGAGGUGGUGCGGCGCUUUCGGCCGCGUCACCGGUUGCUCAUCACGGGGACGCCGCUCCAGAACAACUUGAGGGAACUGUGGGCGUUGCUCAACUUCAUCAUGCCUCAGCUGUUUGACGCGACGCUGGACUUUGCCGCGCUGUUCGACUUCUCGCGGCUCAACACAGAGCAGCAGCAGCACCAAGUCAUCACCACGCUCCACCGAAUCCUUCGCCCCUUCAUGCUGAGACGCCUCAAGUCGGACGUUGCCCGAGACCUGCCGCCGAAACGCGAAAUCUACAUCUUCGUAGGCAUGUCGAAGCUGCAGAAGAAGCUGUACGCAGACAUUCUUUCGAAGAAUGUGGAGGUGUUGAACGCCAUGUCGGGGAACAAGACUCAGAUGCUCAACAUCCUCAUGCAGCUGCGCAAAUGCUGCAAUCACCCCUACCUGUUUGACGGCAUCGAGCCCGGCCCGCCGUACGUCGAGGGCGAGCACAUGAUCGAAGCCGCCGGCAAGAUGGCGCUCCUGGAUAAGCUGCUGCCACGCCUCAAGGCUGAGGGCAGCCGCGUGCUUCUCUUCUCGCAAAUGACGCGUCUCCUCGACGUCAUCGACGAUUACUGCAGGUGGCGCGGCUUCGAGUACUGCCGCAUCGACGGCGGGACGCCCGGCACAGAGCGCCAGGAGCGAAUCGACGAAUUCAACGCAGAGGGCUCCACGAAGUUCCUUUUCCUCCUCUCCACUCGCGCGGGUGGGCUCGGAAUCAACUUGGCGACCGCCGACGUCGUCAUUCUCUUUGACAGCGACUUCAAUCCGCAGAUGGACUUGCAGGCGAUGGAUCGCGCCCACCGAAUUGGCCAAAAGAAGCGGGUCGUCGUCUACCGCUUCGUCACGGGCGACACCGUGGAGGCGAAGAUCGUGGAGCGCGCCGCCAAGAAGCUCAAGCUCGACUCACUCGUGAUUCAGAAAGGCCGCCUGAGCCAGGCGAACCAGGCGCAGAAAGGCCCGUCGACCAACGAGCUCCACGCCAUCCUCCAGUUCGGCGCCCAGGAAGUCUACCGCACUCAGGAUGAGAGCUCCAUCACGGAGGCAGACAUCGACGUCAUUCUCGCGGACGCCGAGCAGCGCACUGCCGAGAUCCAGGCGCAGCUCACGAGCUUGGAGAGCGCCUUCGAUUUGAGCAACAUGAGCCUCGACGGCGGCCUGCACAUGUAUGGGGAAGAAGAGGAGGAGCUGCGGAAUCAGCCGCGGAAGCCCGGUCGGAAAAAGGCGGUAAAACUCAACCGCCCCGCGACCUUCUUCGAACUCGGCGACAGAAAAACCAAGUGGCGAAGCGAUUCUGCGACGGCCGUCAUGGUGAAGAAGGAGCGGAAGCUCUCCCGGAAGUCACUCACGGGGUGGCGAGCGGAGAUCAACGGCGGCUACGAUUUCCAGUUCUUCAAUGCCGACCAACUUGACGCCUUGGACGCAAUUCAGCGCAGGUGGCAGACCUACCUGGAGAACCGCCGCAGGACGCUGCUGGCGAAGUUGAAACGCGAGCGCAGCGAGGCGCAGCCAGCAGCGACGGCGGAGGGCGACGACGCGCGCGAGGGCGAGGAAGGCGCGCCGCCGCCCCCGAAGAAACAAAAAACCGAAGAGCAAGGCGAUGCGAAGCGCGAGGCGGGCGCGAGCCUCCUCCACGCCCCGAGCGCCGCGGAGCUUCUCCGCGGACUCGAAGAAAGUGCGAAGAGGCCGCUCAUCAAGGCAGAGAGAGGAGGGGGGCAGGAAGAAUACGAAGGAAAGUGGAUGCAAGGUCUCGAGCACUUCUCCACGGCCCAGGCCCAGCAAGUUGAACACAUUCUCUCCACGUAUGCUGCGGCGGCCGGUUUGUCGCUGGAUGACUUUGCGGAGAAGCGCGGUUCGCAGGACGCAGACAUGAGUGACGCGUCUUCCGCCGUUGUCGAGAAAGUACGCAGUCUUCUGCGCCUCCCCGCGUCGCCCAAGGGCGAGGCGAAGUUCCUCUUCGCGUCUUCUGCGCCGUCUUUUUCGGCGGCGCUCUCGCAGCUCGCGGAAGACCUUGCGAGUGGGCGCGCGGCCUCUCUCGGCUUGCGCGUCGCCGCGCAGGCUCAACGCGCGUUCGCGGCCGCGGCGCAUGCGUCCGCGUCUCCCGAGGCUGCGCCGAAGGAAGAAGCGAAGGCGGAGGGCGAAGAAGAGAAGGAAGCAGAGGAGAAAACAGAGGAAGACACAGAGGAGAAGGCGGAGGAGAAGACAGGGGAGAAAGCGGUGGAAGGCUCGCGGCCUGCGCAGGAGGAGGCGAUGGACGACGAGACGGCGCAGGGCGAGCCGAGGGGAGACGAUAGCGGUGAGCAGGCGUCUGCGACAGCGUCGCAGUCCCCUGCGGGAGGCGAGGAAGUCACGGUGAAGAAGAAGGCGGGGAGACCGCGGAAAACGGUCAAAGAAGAGGAUCGCAGCCUCGAGGAAGACGAGGAAGACGAGGCGCUUCUCGCACUCCUGAAGGAGGAAGACCUCGACGACGAAAACGACCCUGACCGCCCAGAGGAAUUCACCGAGGAGAUGAGAAAGGAAAAGGAGCGUCUGCUGGCUGAGGGUUUCAGCAACUGGAACCGCACAGAGUUCUCCAAGUUUGUCAGUGGCCUGAUUCAUUACGGCAAGGAUCGUCUGGCGGAGGCGUGGUGUGCGCACUUCCGCGGCACGACCAAGAGUCUCGAAGAACUCGAGAGAUACGCUGAGGUCUUCUUCAGAAGAUACACAGAAGUCGAGGGAGGCGAUCGCAUUAUGCAGCGCGUGGAGAAAGCUGCAGACAUCCGAGGAGCUCUCGACUCUCAGCGCCGCGCAGUCCAGGCCAUGGUCGAAGAGCAGCUGCGAGGCGAGGGACCCAUCGCGCCGCCGCAGCCGAUUGAGCGCCCCGAAGAGCUACGCCUCCCGCGACGCCUGGCGCCGAGUCAGCACUUCACUCCCCAGGAGGACGCGAUGCUGCUGUGGGGUCUCUACGAGCAAGGCGUCACGGCCUACGCGGCCAUUCAUGCUGCGCUCAAGUACUACUGGUUCGACAGCCGCGGCUUUUUCCACGUGGCCUCCAGGAGCAUGAAGCAGGUUGAAGACCGCUGCAAAGAAAUCGUGAUGGCGAUUGAACUCGAAGAAACAGCCAAGACGGGCCAGAAGGACUACAUGCGCUACCGGCAGUUCAGGCCGACCAGCCACCGCAUCGGGCGACCGCCGACGCGUCUCAGCGCCGCGCCGCCCAGGGGGCGUGGCUAUGCGCGGCGCGACAAGGGGGACGAGCUGUAUGGCGACGAGGGCGACGAAGGCCGCAGCAUGUGCUGGGAGCAGGAGGACGACGAGCGGCGCGACCGGCUGGCCUUCGCCGAGGGCCGCAGCACCGAGGCCCGGGGCCAGAAGGCCCGCCGGAGCACCGGGCGAAAGCGCGGGCGCCCCCGUGGCGGGCGCGGACGCAGCUGCACGCGCGGGCUGAGUGCGGCGGCGCAGCUCGCGGCCGCUGGGGGCGAGAGCGACCCAGCGGGCGCCGAGGGCGAGCCGCAGCGCGAGGAGAGCCGCGGCGGAGACGGCAGCGAAUCGGGGCGAGAGGACGUCCGCGAGAAGGACGACGACGAGAAGGCCGAGGCGGAGGAGGACGAGGAGAUCAAGGCGGCGUAG